AGAACUUGAGCACGACGGACACAAGGACAAAAUAAUUUAUACAAUUUUGCGAUUUAUACAAAUAUAAUAUAAUAGAACGAAAUGAAAGUGUUACUUUGUUUAGCUGUGAUAGUUUUGGUCGUGAGUUCUAUUGAAGGCCUAAAAUGCUACAAACGGCUAACAUUUUAUGACAGGCGAGACUGUGAAUGUCAAAAGGACCAAGAUAGGUGUUUUUACACCCGGGAGACUAGUAAUGAAUGGGGAUGUGCCAAAGCUAGUGAAUGUGUCGACAAGAAGACAUGCUGUCGCACGGAUAAUUGUAAUAAUGGAACUUGGAGGUUCAAAGUAAAUCUUUUCCACUGGAUGGCAGAAAAUGCAGCUGGAUGCAAAACUUAUGAAGAUUUCAAGAACAAAAAUUGUGAGCUACCAUAUGAGACAUAGGAAAUCAGGGACCAGGAUAAUAGAAGAAUCCAAUGCAUCAUAUGUGGAGAUAGCAGAUUUCACAGCGGUCAAUCGUUUUAAAAAAAACUUGUCAAAAUUAGGUGUAAUAUACCUGACUAUAUUGACAUUUACAGUGCAAUCAAUGUGUUAAAACAAUUUAAUGUAAAGUCUUUAAGGAGGAAAUCAACAUUCAUGUACAGAUGUGUCUACCCAUUCUGGCCUUUCUUGAAGAAUAAACUAUAAGUUCACAUUAACAGUUACUCUUCCUCUGAAUGUACAAAUGGUGUGCAUAAUGUACAAAUGGUGUGCAUUUGUAGCCUUUUGUUUAGAAAAAUCAAGUUAAAGUUUAUGUAUACCCUUUCUUGAAAAAUAAGAAUAAAAUUUACAUGGUUUCCUUGAAAAUUUAAAAAUCUACAUCUACAAUGUACAUCAACGCCUGAAAAGGGGUUCUAUGUUUCUUUCAUAUCCACUGAUGAAUCUAACUCUUUCACGAUGAGAUAGCCUUGCCCAAGUCAGUCUCGUUUACUUAUCUUGACUUCUAUUAUGACCAGUGGUAAUAAUUCAAGAUCAGGAUAAGUAAAAAUAUACCGACUUGGGCAAGGCUAACAAUGAG